GCUCGGGAUAUGACUUUUGAGGAAAUUGUCUUGUUAUUAUAUUGCUAUCAAUUAUGCAUUCGAUAUUAUGACAAUUUACUUGAAAAAAAUAACGAUGUAUUAUAACAGGUUUCGAAUUCCGUAUCCGUUUCAAUUCGGGCUGCCUACUUUUUCCGCCAGUACCAUUCUGGGUAUGAUGGCAGCUGUUCUCCCUGGAAUACUGGAAUCGAUAGGUGAUUACAAUGCAACUGCUGUCGUUUGUAAGGAGAACCCGCCACCAAAGCAUGCAGUUAAUAGAGGAAUAACCAUGGAAGGAGUUGGCGUUCUUUUGUCUGCGCUGUUUGGAACUGGUAAUGCAACGACAUCUUGGAGUCAAAAUAUAAUUGUAAUUGGAAUUUCAAGAGUCGGAAGUAGGAGGAUUUUUCAAUAUGUCGGUUUCAUGCUGAUGUUUCUUGGAUUGUUUUCGAAAUUGUUGAGUAUCUUUUCAACACUCCCAAUAGUUGUUGUCGGUGGAAUGAUGUGUGCGACCACAGGAAUGAUUUUAGCAAUUGGUGUUUCAACAUUGAAGCAUGUAGAUAUGAGCCAGAAUAGAAAUUUAUUUGUAUUUGGAUUCAGCCUAUUUUUCGGUAUGAUUAUGAGUCAAUUUGUAUCUCAAAAUCCUGACAGUAUUAAAGUUGGAAUUAGAGAACUAGACAACACACUUAUAGUUCUUUGUCGUAGUCCAAUGUUUUUGAGUGGCAUGACUGGUUUCAUAUUGGACAAUAUAGCCCCAGGAUCCAGAAGAUCUCGUGGCUUGGAAACAUUCUACGCUAACACUUCAUGCGAAGAUAAUGCGAAUGCAGCUGAUGUCUACGAUCUACCAUUCAAAACAAACUGGAAAUGGACAAGAUAUUUUCCCAUUUGCCCGAUGUUUAGAAAAAAAAGAACGGUAUAGGGAUUCUUAACGCUACACAGUUUUGUGAAUGCAAGAAUUGGACGUAUGCAUAUUAAUAGUCCGAUGUUACAAGCAACAGUGAUAAGUUAACACAUUCUGGCAACUUGGGUUCCGGUGAUAGACCGUUGAAGACUAUAAUCGUUUUAAAACUAAAAUUCUUUUUGAUAAAAUCAAAUUUUCACAUGAGCAAUUUAUUAUUUGAAUAAUUAUUGCUUAAUGAGAAAUUCUUUUUUUCUCAUUCGUGAUUUUUUAAAUUUGCUUGCGUUUGCUUAAUAUGCUUUGCUUAUAUAAUAAUUCUUAACAUUCAUACCGUAUAUUUCUCAUAUAUUUAAUAAAUAUAGUAAUAUGCACAUUUUGGUACUAAUUUUUUUCGUUUUUUUUUCAUUUUCCAAUC